UGCAGGUCUUGUUCCAGAUACCACAAUAAAGCAAGUAUCUCAAUAAAGCAACCUAAUGAGGCCUCUCUUGAAUUAUGGUAUUGCUUGUAUGUCUAUGGGCUUUCUGGUUGAAGAAAAUGAACCAGUAGUUUGGAGAGGCCUUAUGGUAAUGUCGGCCAUUGAGAAACUGUUGAGGCAGGUAGAUUGGGGUCAACUGGACUACUUAGUUGUUGACAUGCCACCAGGAACUGGAGAUGUGCAGCUAUCAGUCUCACAGAAUAUUCCUAUAACAGGUGCUGUGAUUGUCUCCACGCCCCAGGACGUCGCAUUGAUGGAUGCGCACAAGGGUGCUGAGAUGUUUCGCAAAGUCCAUGUGCCCGUCCUUGGCCUUGUCCAAAACAUGAGUGUUUUCCAGUGUCCAAAAUGUAAACACAAAACUCAUAUUUUUGGUGCUGAUGGUGCGAGGAAACUAGCACAGACCCUUGGUCUUGAAGUUCUAGGAGACAUUCCCUUACACCUUAAUAUAAGGGAAGCUUCAGAUACAGGCCAGCCAAUUGUGUUUUCACAGCCUGAAAGUGAUGAGGCCAAAGCUUACUUGAGGAUUGCUGUGGAAGUGGUAAGAAGAUUGCCAUCACCUUCAGAAUGAUUCCCCAAGUGUCCUGGAAAUUUGCCUGGUACUGACAUUAAGAGGACCUUUGGAAAUCAGCAAUGUGGUGAUGGAACCUACAGAAAUAAUAGAAAUCAUAACGAUUUUAUUUCUAAGGAAAUAAUGACUUCAGAUCUGAUUUGCUAAGCUAAGAUUCACAAAACUUUGAUGUAUCAAUGUUAACUACUAUAUUUAGGAAUUUUUUGAAAGCUGGUGUAUACCACCUGCAAAGAACUGCAUUUUAUUUUAUUGAAUUGCCCCUUUGGGAAUCAUGAGUUUAUGAUGUUACAAGUCCAUUUUGGGAGAGAACUGUACACUUUUUACAGGACCACAGAGUUAGUAGUUUAAAUGAUAUACUAAAUUUGUGUAUGAGCAUAAGUAUUACACCUCCCCACCAGGCAAUUUGGACUGUCUUUGAAUCCUGUCUUUAGUACUAUCUUGGAUAUGUUCUUAAUAUGAACCUCUGCUUCUUCAUCUGGAUCACACCGUACCCCACACUUAAUGAAUCUCAGUCUCUAGGAGUGGAGCCUGAACAUAUGUGUUUUUAAUAAGACCAUUAUGAUGUUGAUGAUGAUUCUGAUAAUGAUAGCAGUAAUAGUAAUAGCUAACAUUUAACAAGUUAAUUAUAAUUAUUCUUCCAUUUGUGUGAGUGGGUACUAUUAUCUCCAUUUUACAGAUAAGUAAUUUGAGAUAUAAUUUGAAGACACUCAACCUUGAGUGUCUUGCUGAGGGUUACUGUAUCUAGCAAGUGAUGGAGCUUGGAUUUGAACUUGAGUAAUUCAAUAUUAGGUUCAUCCUUUUGUACACCAAUGUGCUUUUGUUAAAUAAAAAUAGGGGGGUGGGCAGCUGGACACAGUGGCUCACACCUAUAAUCCCAGCACUUUGGGAGGUUUAGGCGGGUGGAUCAUGAAGUCAGGAGUUUGAGACCAGCCUGACUGACAUGGUGAAACCCCAUCUCUACUAAAAAUAAAGAUUAGCUGGGUGUGGUGGCAUACACCUGUAAUCCCAGCUACUCUGGAGGCUGAGUCAGGAGAAUCACUUCAACCUGGGAGGCAGAGGUUGCAGUGAGCAGAGAUUGUGCCACUGCAAUCCAGCCUGGUCGAUGAAGUGAGACUCCACCUCAAAAAAAAAAAUAAAUAAAUAAAUGAAUAAAAUUUUUAAAAAGUGGGGGGAGAUGCAAUAUUUAGCAUUUCCUCAAACUUUUUUUGGCCAUGAAAUCCACUCCCUGCCUUUUUAAGAGCAUUUCGUGGAGUUCACAUUUCAAAUAAUACAUUUUAAAAAACAUUUAUCUUGUCUAAUUGAAGCUCAAAGAGAUAGAGUCAAUGACUUUUCAAAGUCGGGUAGCAGACAGUUUUAAAGCUGAAAGUACUGAUAAGAGUGAGCCAUUAGAUAAUUGGCAUUUAUAAAGAAGUGGUCUGUCACUUUUGGCAAAUGCCUUGACAUCGUUGCUCUAUAGUUAUCAACCAGAAAAUUAAGCGUAGAGUUUCACACUAUUAUAAGCAUGUUUUCACACAAAAACAUAUAGAUUGAUGUUUAUUGCAACUUUAUGUGUAAUAACCAAAAACAACCCAGAUUUUCUUCAUUGGAUGAAUGGUUAAACAAGCUGUGGUACAUUCAUACCAUGAAUACUACUCAGCAAUAAAAAAGAACAAACUAUGGGUACAUGCAGCAACUUAUAAUUCCAGAGAAUUAUACUGAAUGAAAAAAGUCAAUUUAAAAAGGUUUCAUACCAAAAGAUUCAAUUUAUAUAACAUUCUUGAAGUGACAUAAUAUUAUAGAAAUGGAGAACAGAUUAGUGGUGGCUAUGUUAAGGAGGGGGUGAGGAUGGGAGAGGAUUGGGUGUGGCUGUGAGAAACAUGAGGGAUCCUUGUAAUGAUGGAAAUGUUCUGUAUCACAACUAUCAAUGUCAAUAUCUCAGUUGUGAUAUUGUGCUAUAGUCUUGCAAGAUGUUACCACUGGGGGAAACUGGGUGAAGGGCACAUGGAAUCUCUGUAUUACUUCUUUCAACUGCAUGUAAAUCUACAAUUAUCUCAAAAUAAAAAUAAAAGUUAAAAAAC